GUACCUCUCCUGGUGACAUGGUUGAGGACAGUUUUCAUGUGAGCAUGGCUUGGGAUGGGAAGAAAUGAUGGUAAUUUGAUUUUUGAGUAGUGUGUAGUUUUGGUAUUGACGAGUGAAGGGAUACGUUGCGCUGGAAUUAAGAUUGUGCGAGUGAGCUCUGGGUCAGUUUUUGGAUAUAUCAGUUCUGUCAGCAGAUUGAGUCAUAACAGAUAUUAUGAUGGUACCCGAAAUGAGAAGUUGUCGUUACCAGAAAACGCCACCACCGACAACUACACCGCCUUAUGUGACAAGUACCACGCACAGGAGUAAUUAUGAGUCAAGUUACAGCAGCAACCAAGAGUUCUCCAGGACCGAGUACCACUGCCAGUACAAUUCAGGGCGGUACUUCACCAGUGUUGAGGAUGGUACUUACCAAUCACAGCGCUCCGCGGACGAGCACUACUCAAUGAAUACAGUGAUCAGUACUAAUGACAUCAACGGCAACUAUGGAUUUGACAGGAACGUCGAAGGAAGCCUUCGGUGCCAGUCUUCUGAAGUAUCGACAUCUUCAGAAGACAACAGAAACUGCUCCUUAGAAGCGAGGCACCGUCUGACAGCUGAAGACACGAGCUUCUAUCCACCAUUCAACUCGAGAUCCUCAGCAUCCACAUCGCCGACGACUGCUUCCCAGCAUUUCCACUAUGCCGACAGAGAAUGUUUGCGGCACAGUGAAUACCACUGCUCAUAUCCCUCCCAACAGCAUCCCCAAGGUAAAACCGUUUCGAGCAGUGAGGACGAUGGUCGAGAUGAUGUGGAGGACGAGGAAGAGGAACAGCACGUCCUGGCUCCAGCGUCCAUCCACAGGAGGCCCGAAGGAGGUCCGGGGAACGUUCAUGGGACGGAAGACGAAGGACCGAUGGAACGCCGCCGGUGCCUCCUGUGGGCUUGCAAGGCGUGCAAGAGGAAGACGGUGACGGUGGAUAGGAGGAAAGCGGCCACCAUGAGAGAGAGAAGACGUCUCAGGAAGGUGAACGAGGCGUUCGAAAUUCUGAAGCGUAGGACGUGUCCCAAUCCAAACCAGAGACUACCCAAAGUGGAGAUCCUCCGGAAUGCCAUCGACUACAUCGAGAAUCUGGAGGAGCUCCUGCAAGGUGCUCACGUGGUCAAGACACGACAACUCAUCGAACGAAGAAAUGCCAUUCGAGACAUCGCGGGAUUCGAUUACAGAGGAGUGCACAGUCCUCAAUUUGUUGAUGAUCGUUACCGCCAUUUCAGCAACGAAUCCCAAAGUUUCAGCCCUUUGAACGCUGCAGAACCGACCGGUCCUUCCCCAGUCUCAAGCCUGGACUGCCUAUCCCAAAUAGUGGAGAGCAUCACCCCCAACAGCAACAGUCUCAUCACAACGGCAUCCAUGGCAACCGAGAACAGGUUGGUGUAACCUCCCACAAACGGACUUUCGCGAUUCUCACCGGCAACAUGUACAUAAAGGGCCGUCCACUCCUGAGGAAGCGUUUCACGGGACUUCUGGGAACCUUUCGUCAAUUUGGAAGUGCAAUUUAUAUUUGUGGACGGAAACCACGGCCAUUCUUCUGCAAGUGUGGGUGGUUUGUUGAAGUUAUGGUGAAAAUUCGAAUUGUUUUGAGAUUUGGAAUUUUUAUGUGACUUCUUGUUCCAAAAUGAAUCAAUGUCCAUGUUUUAUGUGUCAGUUGCGUGUAAUGAGAUAAUAUUUGAAAAAAGUAUCCGGAAAUUUAGCGUACAAAAACAAUUUUUAAAGGCAAUGUACCAUUUUUAUUAGUGGAAUUUAAACUUAGGGACUUCCUCCUAUCAUUGAUUCGAAAUUAAUUAUUUUAUUAGUUUUAAGGUACUGAAAGUAAAUAAAUUAUUUAUUUUUUAAAAGUUUAUAAGGCUGGCUGCUAAGUAGCUGCUCAAAUCAUUUUUUGAAAAUUCGAACAUUUAUUUUAUGAAUGUUUCAAGAAUUACGUUUCAUAAUGUUAAGGUUAAUUGUUAAAAAUAUUUAAGGCAUAUAAAAUCAGUUCGCUAUAUUUAUUAAACAAUUCUUCAUUCGAUCGCCAAAAUAUUCAUUGUUUAUGAAUGAAAUCGUUGAAUUAUGAAAUAACGUUAAAAAACGAUAAAAUAUAUUUGACCAAACACAUCAUUUGAUUUAAUUUUCCCAAAUAUUUUACAGAGUACUGGAAUCUGAUAUAUUUUAAAUCGUACAAAAUGGAAUGCCUUCCCUCUGGUGUGAUGUGAUAUUGAAAGUAUGGUGGUGGUGGGGUGUGGAAGUUUGGAAAGAAAAUGCUUGUUCAUUCACAUCACGUGAUCAAGGUUGAAAUUAAGAGUUCCAUCACGAAACAACCCCAAAGUAACCCUAUCAUGGAAUGUUAGCCAUACUAAACUGAAUCUUAUUUUCUUCUGCAGAAAAAUGCAUUUAUAGACCAAAUAUUCAUGCAUAUAAAAAUCGUUGAUCCAAAAGUCAAUAUAAAUAUACAUUCACUAUCCAUGUAGGCCUUAAAUAAUUUCGAUGAUCAGUUAGUUAUACUUAAAAUAAGACUAAAUUUCAUUUAGAAAGUUUUUUUUACACUAGAAGUUUUCAAAAACUGUAUUAAAUGUAUGUAUUAAAAAUUGUAACUGUAAAAAUUGUAAUUGGAAUGUAUUAAAAACUGUACUUUUCGUACUUCCUUCCCCAUCGCAAAAGAUAGUUCUUUCAUGAAAAAAGAAAA